CAGCUUCAAGACAAGCAAAGGUGUGGGUUACUCGGCUCACUUCGUCGGGAACUGCUUAGUUCUGACCUCUCUCAAGAUCAAAGGCAAAGGAUAUCAACACUGCAUCAAGUAUGAAUUUCAACCAAGGAAGUGGUAUAUGGUCGCUGUUGUGUACAUCUAUAACCGAUGGAGCAAGAGCGAGAUCAAAGUCUUCGUCAAUGGACAACUGGCCUCCAACACAGAGAUGACUUGGUUAUGCUCCACAAAUGACACAUGGGACAAGUGCUACAUCGGUGCCACACCGGAACUGGACGAGGAGCGCGUCUUCUGCGGCCAGAUGAGCGCCGUGUACCUGUUCUCAGAAGCCCUGACGGCCCACCAGGUGUGCGCCAUGCACCGUCUAGGGCCCGGAUACAAGAGUCAGUUCCGGUUUGACAACGAGAGUUACCUGCAAUUGCCAGAAAACCACCGAAGGGUGUUGUAUGACGGAAAGUUGGCGGCAGCGAUAGUUUUUAUGUAUAAUCCAGUGGCAACUGAUUCCCAGCUCUGCCUUCAGUCUGCACCAAAAGGAAACCCUUCUUUUUUCGUUCACAAUCCACAUGCUUUAAUGCUACAGGAUGUGAAAGCAGUUGUUACCUACAGCAUCCACAGUACCUUAAAUAGUAUGGGAGGCAUUCAAGUGCUGUUUCCGCUGUUCCAGCAGCUUGACCUACCCCAUGACACACCGCCAGCUAUUAACGAUUAUUACAACACCAACAAAGAUCCUUCUUUAGGAUCUACCUUAAUAGGUUUUAUUUGUGAGAUGGUUGAAAGCUGUAAUACAGUUCAGCAGCACAUGGUUCAAAAUAGAGGGUUUCUUGUAAUAUCCCAUCUCCUUCACCGCGCCUCAAGACACCAUGUUACAAUGGAAGUGCUAACUGCCUUUCUAAAACUUACAAAGUUCCUUGUCACCUGCCCUAAUUCAAAUUCAGAUCUUUUACUAAAACAGCUGCUGGACCACAUCUUGUUCAAUCCAUCUCUGUGGAUAUAUUCUCCAGUUGUAGUUCAAAUGCGGCUUUACACUUACUUAGCAACAGAGUUCCUGUCAGACACGCAGAUAUACGGAUCUGUCCGGAGAGUGUCCACAGUGCUGCAGACUAUGCACACUCUGAAGUACUAUUAUUGGGUAGUCAAUCCCAGGGACAAGAGUGGCAUUAAUCCAAAAGGUCUUGAUGGACCACGCCCAAGUGAUAAGGAUGUUGUUAGUUUGCGUGCAUACAUGCUACUGUUUCUCAAGCAACUUAUUAUGAUAGGCAAUGGUGUCAAGGAAGAUGAACUUCAGGCUAUCUUGAAUUUUCUCUCUACUAUGCAUGAGGAUGAAAAUCUCCAUGAUGUGCUGCAGAUGCUCAUGUCCCUUAUGUCAGAACAUCCAUCUUCAAUGGUGCCUGCCUUUGAUGCUAAACAUGGGGUACGGACAGUUUUCAAGCUUCUAGCUUCAGAGAGUCAAUUGAUCAGAUUACAAGCCCUCAAGUUGCUCGGUUACUUCCUUUCAAGAUCAACCCACAAGCGCAAGUAUGAUGUCAUGAACCCCCACAACCUCUACACCCUGCUGGCUGAGAGGCUGUUGGUCCACGAGGAGACAUUAACAUUGCCCACCUACAACUGUUUGUAUGAGAUCUUAACGGAACACAUCAGUCAGCAAGUUAUGUAUUGUAAGCACCCUGAACCUGAAUCACAUUACCGAUUAGAGAAUCCAAUGAUCCUGAAAGUCUGUGCAACCCUGAUUCGACAGAGCAAGCCAUCCGAUACAUUAAUGGAAGUUAAGAAGCUAUUUUUGUCAGAUAUGACAUUACUUUGCAAUAAUAACCGAGACAAUAGGAGAACAGUCUUGCAGAUGUCUGUGUGGCAGGAAUGGUUAAUAGCACUGGCAUAUAUACACCCAAGGUCAACUGAAGAACAGAAAAUUAGUGACAUGGUGUAUUCACUCUUUCGGAUGUUAUUGCAUCAUGCCAUUAAGUAUGAAUAUGGAGGUUGGCGGGUCUGGGUUGACACUCUUGCCAUAGUGCAUUCAAAGGUGUCAUAUGAAGAAUUCAAGCUUCAGUUUGCCCAGAUGUAUGAGCAGUAUGAGAGACAUCGUUCGGAUAAUAUAACUGAUCCCGCUAUUCGACAACAGCGUCCAAUAUCUACUAUAUCUGGUUGGGAUAACAGACAGUAUUACGUAAAUGCAGAGAUGUACCGUAAUGGUGGUGGUCCAGAGAUGGAAGCAGAGAAAAUCCAUGCUGUUGAAAAUGGGAAACCUUCAGACACCCCAGAACCAGAACUUGACAUUCCAAAAGAUCAUGAAAUUGAUCCUGUCAUGAAAGGCGAUAAUUGCUUGACUAAAUGUGAGAGUGAGAGGUUAAGUUCAGAGGAUCAGCGGUGUAAGAGACCUAGUGGAGGAUGUGAAAAGAAGGAGACAUUUAGUGAUAAAUCAAUUGCCUAUAGAUUAACCGAAGCAGGAGAAAAUAUGUCAGAUGGAACACUGGAAAUAAAGCAGGUGGAGGAGUUGAAAAGUAUUGAGGACAAAGAUUCUGCCUCCUCAUGUUCACUUUUCACACCUGAAAUAGUAACAGAUAUUCCAUGUUCUGUGCCUAGUGAUCCUGUUGAGUCACUGCAGCUCACAUCAAAGGCACAUGAAGAGGUGAUUAGUAUAGCAAGUGAAGAGGACCUGAAAAGUAUUGAAGUAAUUGACACAAGUAGUGUGGAAGUUCAAGUGCUUGACAAUAGAAAUGUUGAUAAUAAAGAACUGGAGGAGGGAGUACAGGAAGUGGAAGAAAAGAUUAGAUUAGAUGCUGCUGAUGAAGUUGAGAAGGAGAGAGACAGUGUAAAGAUUGAAGAUGUUGCCAAUGAAACUACAGGGACUCCCAAAAAAGGAGAAAGUAGUAAAAGUGAGGAUGAAGGUAAAUCUGAUGAAGAGGAAAAGAAAGAUGAGGACAAAAAGGAAGAAGCAUCCGAUGAAGAAAAUAAUGAAAACAAAUUAGAUGCUACCUCUAAGUUGUCCUCAGUGUUGGAGCCUGAACAGAAAGAAGUACUGAAGGACGAUGAGAAGGACACUUCUGUAAAAGAUGCUGCAACCACAGACCAGGAUAUAGUCGUUAAAAGUACCAAUGAAGAAAGUAAAAUAGAAGGUAGUCUCUCUGAAGGGAUUGCUCCUGAAACAACUUCAGUUGAAGGACAGGCCACUAAAGAAGAGAAUGUAAUUAAAGAAGAAUCAGUUGAAAACAAAGAGACAGAAGAUGUUAAAGAGGACAUUGAAGGAAGCAAGGAGGACUCUGCAAAGGAGCAGGUAACAGGACUUAGUGAUAUAAAGAUUCCAGUCAUUCCACAACAAGAAAUGAUAGCUACAAUAUCAGGUAGCCUACAUGAAAAGGAUAAAUGUGAAAAAGAAAGGGAGGCAAAAUUAGUUGAUGAAAGUGAAAAAGUAGUGCAAAGUGACAGUAUAGUUACUAAAAGUACUGAACCAGAAAAAGGGGAAAGUGAAGUUUGUAGUGCUAUCACUUUGAAUUCUAGUAUAGACAACAGUAAUGUUUUGGAAUUAGACAGUAAAAGUAAAGAAAACAAAGAAACAGAUAAAUCAGAAGUAAGGUUAGAAUCAGAAAAUAUAGGUAUAGAAAAUAACAAUAGCAUAGAAAAGACAAAUUUAGGUAGUGGUAAUAGUGCUGAUGGUGAUGUAGAUGAAACACCUGUGUCAAAUGUGUCAUCGACAUCAAGUAAAGAUACAGUUGAAGUAUCUGCCUCUGAAGAUUCAACAGAAAAAUCUUCGCAAAUCUGUGAUAUUGUACAAAGGACAUCUAAUUCUGUUUUCUCCCCUGAAGCUUCUAGUCCUGUUUGUAGUGCUCCUGAAACUCCUAAAAAUGUCUCAUUAACACAAACAACUAAUAAGAUUUUACCUGAAAUUACAUCAGAGCAGACCAACACUGAAGUACAAUUAAUAAACAAAGAAGUACAAGACAAAACUAAGGAAGAAGAGGAACCAUCCUCCAAGAAAGAAGACGCUCAUGUUUCCCCGAAGAAAGAAGUGCUUCCCUCUUCAGUGACAGAGGGAAAAGAUUCUCCAGUGCAUGUGGUUUCAAGUUCCUCAAAGGAUGAAGCGUCAGGUUCUCCAAAGAAAGAAACGCCAGUUUCCUCGGAUGUAGAAAAUGAUGUAAAUUCCAUAGAGAUUACCCAGUCCCCCAAAAGAAUAAGUACGGAGGCCUUACCAAAUGAUGGAAAAGCAGAUACAAGUGAUCUUUCUAAGAAUGAAACUUCAAAAAUAGACAAAAUUGUUGCAAGUUGUAGUGAUCUGCCUAAAGACCAGGAGUCUCAAACUGAGGAAACUGGGGAUGAGGAGCUGAAUAAAGUCGACGACGAAGAUGUUACAGAAUCAAAAACAGAUGGCACAUUAUCAUGUGGUGAUACAGAUAAAGAAGAAGACAGAACCACCGAUGUUGAUGAGAGGAUCAAGUGUGUUGAGGAGGAUUUACCGAAGGACCAAGUUGAUUUAGGACUAAGAAGACAUGGUAUUUCUCUUACGGGGCACACAACGGUAGAAAAAGAAAAGGACAGACAAAGUGAUUCAGAAAGGAAAUCAGCAUCCGUAUCCCGUAGCUCUUCUAUUGGUUCUUCUCAGUCACACUCUAGACAGAUUUUCUCUUCAGGCCCAACAAGACCUCCCUUUAGAAUUCCAGAAUUUAGAUGGUCUUACAUUCACCAGAGAUUGUUAUCAGAUGUUUUAUUCUCUUUAGAAACAGACAUGCAAGUGUGGAGAAGUCACUCUACAAAAAGUGUUUUAGACUUUGUCAACAACAGCGAGAAUGCCAUCUUUGUAGUGAAUACUGUGCACCUCAUAUCUCAGUUAGCAGACAACCUCAUCAUUGCUUGUGGAGGUCUCUUACCUCUCUUAGCAUCUGCUACCUCACCAAAUAAUGAACUUGAUGUGCUGGAACCAACUCAAGGAAUGGGUGUAGAAGUUGCUGUGUCUUUUCUACAUCGACUAGUCAACAUGGCUGAUGUUUUAGUAUUUGCAUCUUCACUUAAUUUCUCGGAGCUAGAGGCUGAGAAGAAUAUGUCAAGUGGAGGUAUCCUUAGACAAUGCUUGAGACUGGUAUGUACAGUGGCUGUGAGAAAUUGCCUUGAGUGCCGUGAAAGAAGUCGUCUCCAGGAGGUUAAUGGAGCUGGUGGUAAUGGAAUCAAGCCCAUAAGUAAAUCUAGACAUAUUCAUUCUCUAAUCAGAGGAGCGCAAGCAUCUCCAAAGAAUAUAGUGGAGAAUCUUGGCACUCAAAACAGUCCUGUUAGAGACCCUGAAAAACUACUGCAAGACAUGGAUGUUAACAGAUUGAGAGCUGUUAUAUACCGUGAUGUGGAGGAAACAAAGCAAGCUCAGUUCUUAUCUUUAGCAAUUGUCUACUUCAUUUCGGUGCUUAUGGUGUCAAAGUAUCGAGACAUUUUAGAACCACCCACCAAUGCCUCCUCUUCACCACCCCCACCACCGCAAACUGCUCACACCAAUGGUGCGUUUACACAGCACCAUUUCUCAGGUGAAAAAGGAGAAACAAAGGCAAUUCAGUCUAAAAGUGAAGAAGAGGAAAAGGAAAGCCCUAAACCAACCAUAAAAAGUGAAAAGGAGAAGUUGAAAGAUGAAGGUGAAGCUGCAGUUUUGCCCUUGGAUGGGCCCGCAACAGUAUCAGCUUUAGUAUCUGAGUGUGUAGACAAGCCUGAAUCAUUGAAGAGUGCAGCUUUGCCCUCAGUAACUCUUCCUGCCCUGACUCUUUCUGUCAUUCAGUCAAAUCUUAAACAGACAGUACCAACCAAUACCACCCAAGUACCCGUGGUACCUGAAAUCAAAGAAGGAAAAGAAAUAGCAAGUACAAGCAAUGAAGGGAAAAGUAGUGUUCAGCAAGCCAAAAAGGUCGCUCCCAUCUUUCCUUCGUUUUCACAAACUUUAGAUCCUAAAUAUAUGCCAGGAGGCUCAUCAGUGGGUAUAUUUGGGAAAUCAAAAGAAAAACCAUGGAAAAUGAAUUUGUUUGGUGGUCUUGGAAAGACUCCAAAAAAGGAUCAACCACAAUCCACACCACAGUCUGAAGCUGCCAAAAGUGCUGACAGUAAAGAAAAAUCAGCUGAAGGUACAGAGCGUACUGGGGAAGUAGAUGAAGAUGGAGAAUAUGAGGUAAUUGUUGUUGACCAACAUAAUUCAUCUAUAUUAGCAUCUGAUCACUGUUCCACUGCAUCAUCUGGACCACCUUCCUUAAAGUCCAAUCACACUAUAGGAACUGGCCCUGUUCCUAAGUAUGGUUGUAAUGCCUAUGGAGCUAAGGUUUCUAAGCCUGUAGCUCGCAACAACAUGAUUAACCCUAAGGGCUCUGAAGCAGGUGAAGGAGGUAGUGAUGUUGGCUCAGCAGCAGUAAGUCUAAAUGAAGAACAAAAUUCACAGCCAGCAGACGAUGCUUGGACUGAUGUCAAUCUCAAUGAUGGAACUCCAGAUGAGAUGGAUGCUAAAUCCCCGAAAUCAGUGUACGGUGUUAAUGAAACCAAUGAGAUAUCACAGCUUCAGCAACAGCAGCAUGGUAGUCAACAGCAGCAGCAGACCUCUUCGCAGCUAUCGCAAGCACAGAAUCUAUCACAAGACCCUCAGCAGCAGCUUCCUGGCCAAAUCUCUGUUCUUUCCUCUCCGUCCAACAUGCCAGAUCCUGUUACUUCUACAGUAAAACACCAUCGACCAGAAGAUUUGAAUAUUAAGCCCUUUCUUAGCUCUGACUUGCCCAUUCCUACGCCGUCCCGGGAAGCAUCCCUCACACAGAAACUUGAGAUGGCACUGGGAUCUGUAUCUCCCCUUCUCCGGGAGAUCAUGGUGGACUUUGCACCAUUUCUUUCUAAAACUCUUGUUGGAUCCCAUGGGCAGGAGCUCCUCAUGGAAGGUAAAGGACUGAUGACCUUCAAGCACAGCCAAAGUGUUGUGGAACUUGUUAUGCUUCUUUGUUCACAAGAGUGGCAGAACUCUCUCCAGAAGCAUGCUGGUUUGGCCUUCAUUGAAUUGAUAAAUGAGGGAAGACUUCUAUCGCACGCCAUGAAGGACCACAUAGUGCGAGUUGCCAAUGAAGCUGAGUUUAUCCUCAACCGAAUGCGAGCAGAUGAUGUGCUCAAGCAUGCAGAUUUUGAGUCUCUUAGUGCAACAACUGUGUUGGAACGUCGGGAAGAGGAGAAAAUGUGUGACCACUUGAUUACUGCUGCUAGGAGGAGAGACAAUGUUGUGGCUGCACGUAUCUUGGAUAAAAUUACCAAUAUCUUGUCAAAUAAACAUGGAGCGUGGGGCACUGCACUCCAUGCUCUUAACAAAGUUGCACCACCCCAGUUUUGGAAGCUAGAUUCUUGGGAGGAUGACUCUCGGAGAAGAAAGCGUUUUGUGCCAAAUCCCUUAGGUUCUUCGCAUCCUGAAGCUACUCUGAAAGCUGCUAUUGAGCAUGGAGCUCCUGAGGAUGCAAUCCUUCAAGCUAGAGAAGAAUUCCAUGCUCAACUUGCAGCACAGAGGAGGUCCAUGCAGCAGCCACUACAGUCUCCUGACCUUUUGGAUGACUCAGAACUAGCCACUGAUGACCGAGAUCUUGAUGCUGAUGUUACAGGAAUGGUGAAUAUGAGUACACGUGCAAGACUUAUUGCUCCAGGACUGGUAGUGCCAGGUACUGUGUCAAUAACAGCAGCAGAACUAUACUUUGAAGUGGACGAAGAGGACCCAGAAUUCCGGAAAGCUGAUCCUGAGGUGGUCAAAUACUGCGAACAUGUUCACGGAAAGUGGCACUUCAGCGAAGUGCGCGCCAUCUUCAGUCGACGAUACCUCCUGCAGAAUACAGCCCUCGAAAUAUUCCUGGCUUCGAGAACGUCGGUGUUCUUCGCCUUCCCGGACCAGGCGACGGUGAAGCGCGUAGCCAAGGCCCUUCCCCGGGUGGGCGUCGGCAUCAAAUAUGGCAUCCCUCAGACUCGCAGAGCUUCCAUGAUGUCCCCGAGGCAGCUCUUCCGCGCAUCCAACAUGACGCAGAAGUGGCAGCGGAGAGAAAUUUCCAACUUCGAGUAUCUCAUGUUCCUAAACACCAUCGCUGGGCGAACUUACAAUGACUUGAACCAGUACCCCGUAUUUCCUUGGGUUUUGACGAACUUCGACACACAUGAACUCGACCUCUCCCAGCCGUCCAACUAUCGUGAUUUGUCAAAGCCGAUUGGUGCCCUGAACCCCUCCCGCAGGGCGUUCUUUGAAGAAAGAUACAACUCGUGGGAGCACGACCAGAUACCACCAUUCCACUACGGCACUCAUUAUUCCACAUCGGCUUUCACACUUAAUUGGCUCAUCAGACUGGAACCCUUCACAACAAUGUUCCUCGCCCUGCAAGGAGGCAAAUUUGAUCAUCCAAACCGAAUGUUCUCCUCCGUUGCCACAGCGUGGAAAAACUGUCAGAGAGACACAUCCGAUGUCAAGGAACUGAUUCCUGAAUUUUACUACUUACCUGAGAUGUUUAUCAACUGGAACCGUUAUAAACUGGGAGCCACAGAGGACGAGGGCAUCGUCGAUGAUGUAGUUCUUCCUCCUUGGGCAUCGUCUCCAGAAGAAUUUGUUAGGAUAAAUAGAAUGGCACUGGAAUCAGAGUUCGUUUCCUGUCAGCUUCACCAGUGGAUUGACCUUAUAUUCGGAUACAAGCAACGUGGACCUGAGGCAGUUCGUGCUACGAAUGUGUUCUACUACCUCACUUAUGAAGGCUCUGUAGAUUUAGAUUCCAUUCAAGAUCUUGUAAUGAGAGAGGCCAUUGAGAACCAGAUCCGUAAUUUUGGCCAGACACCUUCACAGUUACUGAUGGAACCACAUCCACCCAGAUCCUCGGCCAUGCAUUUAUCUCCACUUAUGUUCUCUGGCGUUUGUGAAGAUGUUUGUAUGGUAAUGAAGUUCGUUAGCAAUUCUCCUAUCUGCCAUAUAUCUGCUAACACCUAUCCUCAACUACCCCUUCCAUCUGUCGUUACUCUCACAAAUAACCAUCAUUUUGCUAUCAAUCGCUGGAACACGAACUAUUCAGUAAAUGUACAGAGUCCAAGUUAUGCUGAAGGCAGUCAGUCACCGUCCACCCUCCUGCCUCUGUCCAUGGAUCCCGUCCUUCAGCAAGCUGCCUCGGGCAACAGCAGUGGUCAGCAAAUGAAAAGACAUUUAGGUGACAAUUUCAGUCAGAAAGUGCGCAUGAGGAGUAAUUGCUUUGUAACCACAGUUGAUUCACGAUUCAUCAUUGCUUGUGGCUUUUGGGAUAACAGCUUCAGAGUCUUCUCCACAGAGACAGCAAAAAUCGUUCAAAUAGUAUUUGGUCAUUAUGGUGUAGUGACAUGCUUAAGCCGUAGUGAAUGCAACAUUACCAGCGACUGUUAUGUAGCAUCUGGUGCCCAUGACUGUACUGUUUUACUGUGGCACUGGAACGCUCGCACACAGAUGAUUAUGGGCGAAGGAGACUCUCCAACACCACGAGCUACCCUUACUGGUCAUGAGACCGAAGUUACGGCAGUUGUUAUCUCUGCAGAACUUGGUCUUGUUGUGUCUGGUUCAAAAGAUGGACCUGUACUAAUCCACACAACAUCUGGAGAUCUGCUGAGAUCUCUGGAAGCCCCUGAUGGAUUUCUGUCACCUGAAAAUGUAGCCCUAUCCAGGGAAGGUCUUAUUGUCAUUAAUUACGACAGGGGACAUGUAGCUGCAUAUACAAUGAAUGGAAAGAAACUACGUCACGAGUCCCACAAUGAUAACAUUCAGUGUGUUAUUUUGAGCCGGGAUGGCGAAUACAUGAUGACUGGAGGGGACAAGGGUAUUGUGGAAGUCUGGCGCACCUUUUCACUAGCCCUUCUAUAUGCCUUCCCAACUUGUGAUUCUGCCAUCAGGUCUCUUGCCCUAUCUCAUGAUCAAAGGUUCCUGAUGGCUGGUCUUUCAACAGGCUCCAUCGUUGUUUUCCAUAUUGAUUUCAAUCGUUGGCAUCAUGAGUUUCAGCAGCGCUACUAAGUUGCUUAUGACCUUAGGAUUUAUAACAAGACUGACGUGAAUCGCUGUUUAAAAGGCAAAAUGAAAUUCAGCCUUUGAAAGAAGUGCUUUAAAUUUUUUAAUUUUGUAUGUACUUAUUAUAUACAUGUAUAUGUAUUUAUUUUAUAUAUUAUGUACAUGUGUAUUAACUCCUACACAUAUACAUAUAUAUAUAAUAUAUAUGUUUAAGUAGCUAUAAUGCACAACUGUAUUAAAACAUAUACAUUGUAAUAUAAUUAAAUUUGUAAAACCAGGUUGAUUAAUAGACUAUAUUAUACAGUACUGUAUAUCUUGACAUUAUCAAUACUUUGACCUAAUUCACAACAUAACACAAUGUACAUUAACUGCACUGUGUCUUUCCACUUCCACCAACUCGAAAAUGAGAAUCUUAGGAUGAGAAAACUUAACUUUGGGGUCUUAAAGGUGACCGUUCAUUAUUUAAAUUAUAUAUGACCAGUAUGCAAAAAGCUUCAAUGUCUUUUUAUAUAUACAGUAAUAUGUAGCUGCAAAGUUCUAUUAUGAUUAUUUGAGAGCAAAGGAGCUUCUACUAGGUAGAGUUUCAGACACCUAGUUGCUCGCAAUGCUUUGUGAUAGACUGUACUUAUAUUUCUAAAUUUUUCAUUGCUUAAAGAGCUGAAAUUGGGUUGCUAUAAACAAAUCAUGCCAUAUAGAAGUUUAAGAGGGUAAACCUGAAGUGAGACAUACAGAAUGUUAUUUCCUGAUUAAAAAAGAAAAAUGAAAAAAUCAAGCCAGAUAUAUUUUGCUCAUGCAUGCCCACUGCAGUUGACCACAAUAGGGAACUAGGCAAUGAAUUUCUUAUUAAGGGUAAAUAUUUUGAUGAAUCUGUAUAUGGGUAUAUAAACUAAACUUUAUAUGUAUAUUUAAGUGCAAUUUUUUGCUAGGAAUUUCAGUAUGGUAUAUUUAAUUUGAUUAUAAGUAAAGUAUGUAUAUAUGCACACACAUUAUAUAAAUAUAAAUAUAUAUAUAUGGGAGAUUCUUAUAGCAUACUGUUAGCUAGAUAAUUUAAGAGCCUAUUAUGUACUUCAUUAAAGCUUAUUUUUCUGUAGUUAGAGAGGAAAAUAAAAUUGAACAGUCCAACACUCAUCACCACUGGUCCAACUUCUGUUUAAAAGACCAGUGGCAAAGAUUCAUUAAGGCAUUUCUUUACGGCAAUAAUUAAGAAAGCCCAGGUGUUGCUUCUAGUCAGGUGUCGCUGUGCCAAAAAGGGGUCAGUUUUUAAAACAACAGAAAACUAAAAGACAAAUCCAAUGUUUCUAUAGAUUGUGACUGUUAGUAUUUAUAAUAAGAAAAGUGUUGUAUGUUGGUCAUUUAAAAAUAAGCAUUCAUGGUUCUUGUUGUUACUUAACACAAAUAUGAUGAUGAUGAUGAUGAUGUUUGCAUCAUUAAUUUUACGAAUGUGUCUUUCUAUGAACGCUUGAGCAGAUUUUGUGGUAUCAAAAUGUUUGAAAGUUGCAGCAAUGAGCUAAUGAUUUUGAAACACGCCAUCUUUUUAUGAUUACAGUAAUGUGAUGUUUAAACUGAAAUGGUAAUGAAUGAUUAGAUAUCAUAGUUACAUUAAUAAUGAUAUAUAACUGUUCAUUAUUACCAAGUAGAUAUUUCUAGAGAUUUUAUUUUCUGAAGCUGUACGUGUUAGGAAACUACAGUAAUUUAGAGGGAAUUAUUAGACUUGAUGAGCUCUUUUUAACAGAGGUCUUAAGGAAAUUUUUAGAUUUUAUGUACAGUGGUAGGGUUAUAGCUUGAAAAGGGAAUUGUAAUCAAAUGGCAGAUUCAGAAUGCUAAUAGCAUCAUGUGUGGAGAUGAAUCAUUAUUCUGUAGAAUUAUAACAUAUUGUGCAUUUUAAUUCUUUUCCCUUAUAAAAACAACUGUGUGUAUUAACUUGCAGAGUUAUUUCCUUUUAUUUGAAAUCUUUCAAAUUCUACAAACUCCUUCAUAGUUGAAAUCACAGCUCAAGGACCCCAGGCAAGCUUGGCACUGAAACUAACCGACCAUUCCCUCCAUCAGUUGUGUUUGUGAUAGCUGCUCAGAACAUUGUAUAUAGUGAAUUACCAAGCUCACUGUCCAUGUAAUAUAAAGCAGAGUUUCCACAUGUGAGGAGAGCUUACACUUCUCGUUCUUGUGGUUGUCAUGUGCUUGAGUGACUUGUAUAAAAUAAGGAACUGCAGCUGGCAUCAGUUUUAAUUACUGCCAUCUUGCAGUCACGUUGUUUGAUAUGAAUAUUUAGAAUUUAGCUUAUUUUGGCAAGUUAUAAUAUUUGACUGUACACUUACCAUCAUUAAUUAUUUUAUAAAAUUCCUGAUGGUACACUUUUUCCAUGUCACUGGAUAUGCACUUGGAAUUAAUUAAUCAAGUUGUUUGAGCAUAUUAUACAGUUCUGCAUUUUUUGCAAUUUAUUUUUGCUUUUGUAGUAGGAUGCACAUGUAUUUUUUGGCCCAAGGAACUGAUUGUAAUUAGAGCUUAACCAAUGUUUGUCUAAGUAAUCAGUUCUAUAAAACUUGAAAUCGCAGACAAAUUUUGGGAAAAUUAAAUUAUACAUAGUGGUGUUUGUUGAUUGAUCAGUGGUGUUAAGGUUUGAAAGCUUGCAAAGGGUAAAUCCAGAUCGAGUUAAGCUCGUUGUUUCUUUUUGGACUAGUAAAGUACUGUGUCCAGUGUUAGACUUAAGACUGCUAGUAUGAUUUUUAUGAAAAAAUUAUUCAGUCACUAUUACUUAGUGAUUUAUUGUAUAAAGUAUUAUAAUUAUACUAUAUGGGAUGUUGUCAGUUUGGGUAUAUGAUUAAGCUUUCAGUGCAAAAUCAGGUUUUACCAUCAAAAUGUCACUUUUCUUUCCUUUAUUAAACUUCACAUGGCAUAGGAUUGGCAUAGCAGUCAUGAACUGGGCACAUACUAAUGGUGCAGCAGCCUCCAUCUCUUUAAUAUUAUUUCAUCUAUGAGAAUUCAUAACAUUGGUCAUCAAUCUUUCUUGCAUAUAAAUACUCAGGCCAAUGCAACCUUUUCUAACAAUAUUUUUGUUCAUAGGAUUAAUGUAAUUAGUGAAUGGAAUGAUCAUCAAUAAAAAUCUAUUUUGAUAAGUUAGUCAAAGUAAAACAAACACAUCCAGGACAUUAGCCUGAGUAUAUCACAACAUAUGGUGGAGGUUGUUAACAAGUUUUUGACAGCUGUAACCAAUACUACCGGUCUGACCAUCCUCCCUCACUCCUUAUUGUUAAAGUUAGUGUACGUAGAAUGGCCAAUAAAGGAUAUUACUAAU